UCUUUGCUGGAACUAAGGCGGCACACUGCAUGUCAGUGGCAGGCGUUUUCCGGGGCAGCCACGAGAGCGGGGUCCUUUCUCUCGCGCCUCCUCCCGACGCUGCGGCGGAGGCGGUGACCUCGGGUUCGGCUUCCCCCGGUUCAUGUUUUUAGUCCGUUCCUUGAUAAAGAUGGCAGCCAAUAAUGCAGUAUUGAACAGACUGGAACAAAAGGGUGCAGAGGCAGAUCAAGUCAUUGAAUACCUCAAACAGCAAGUUGCUCUUCUAAAAGAGAAAGCUAUCUUGCAGGCAUCUCUCAGAGAAGAAAAGAAGCUUCGAGUAGAAAAUGCUAAACUGAAGAAGGAAAUUGAGGGACUGAAACAAGAGCUGAUUCAGGCAGAAAUUCGGAAUGGAGUGAAACAUAUCCCACUUUCAUCCAGUGGAACCAUUUCUACAGCUUCAUUUUCAGAAGACUUGCCACAGUCUAUACCUGUCACAUCCUCUUCUGGCCCCAAAGAUGAAAUUAAAGGUGGAAGUGAAGAAAAGAAAAAAAAAGAGAAAGCAGAAAAAAAAGGAGAGAAGAAAGAGAAGAAGCAGCAGCCACCAGCAGCUGGGAGUGAUGACUCUAGACCUAUGGAUGUAUCUCGUCUAGACCUUCGUGUUGGUUGUAUUAUUACUGCAAAAAAUCAUCCUGAUGCAGAUUCUCUAUAUGUCGAGGAAGUGGAUGUUGGAGAAGCAAACCCAAGAACUGUUGUCAGUGGCUUAGUGAAACAUGUGCCUCUAGAACAGAUGCAGAAAAGAAUGGUAAUAUUACUCUGUAACCUGAAGCCUGCAAAAAUGAGGGGAGUGGUAUCUCAAGCAAUGGUGAUGUGUGCCAGCUCACCAGAGAAGGUGGAGAUCCUUGCUCCCCCCCGUGGGGCUGUUCCAGGGGAGAGAAUCACUUUUGAAGGCUUUUCUGGAGAACCUGACAAGGAACUUAAUCCUAAGAAGAAGAUCUGGGAGCAGAUCCAACCUGACCUUCAUACUAAUGACCAGUGCAUUGCUACCUACAAAGGAGUUCCAUUUGAAGUGAAGGGAAAGGGUGUCUGCAGGGCUCAGACCAUGGCCAGCAGUGGAAUCAAAUAAAUAAAACCAAUUACUGAGAAGUUUUUCAGGGGCUUAAAUGAAAAGUGGUGCAAGCACAAUAAAGACAUGAAUAUAUUCCCCCCAA